AUGUGUUCUUAGUGUGAUUUCUUAGGAAAUUGCUAAGAGUGCAUGCAAGGAUUUUAUUUAAAUCCAGAUAUAGGUUAAUGCUAAUCUAAUUGCGCCUAAAAAAAUUAUUAUCUCAAUUUAGAUAAGUAAUUAUGCUAACCAAUCUGCGAUUAUGGAUACUAAGAGUCAAAAAACAAUUUUAUUUGUGUAAAAAACUAGAAAUGCUCUCUUGUGUAAGAAUACGGCAUAAAUCAAAGAUAAAUCAUAGAUUCUACUUUAGUUGGAUCUGAUUUUAUCGUUUUAUGUUAAUCUUUUAACUCUACUUCUAGCAAAUAUUCAUAUUUUUUGAGAAUAUAUGAUUAAAAUCUUAAUUUUAAAGGAGAAGUGUAAUAAUUAAAUGAUGCUAUUAAAAAAUAUUAUUAUGAUGAAAAUAAUAAUAUCUUUAUCACAUGCUCAUUGACUUAAAUAAUUUUUUGGUAGGCAUCAACUUGGAAAGUUAAAAGAAUUGAUCUUCUAUCAAAUUAUGUUUCAACAAAUAAAUAUGUAGUUUUUCUUGAUCAGAACUAUCUAAUUUUAUAAGAUUAAUCUGAAAAAAUAUUCACAUGCUUUAAUAUUGCUAACUAAUCUUAAGGUACAAAUGCAUUUAAUUUUAGCAUUCAAAUUUAACCUCUAUAACAAGGUUAACUGAAAAUCUUUAAAGGUCUCAAUGAUUUCUUUUACACCUCAUUUUAAUAGACUGGAUUUUUCUAAUGGAAUAUUGCCUUUAAUAAUUAAACAUAAUAACCCACUCAAUAUUGUAAUAGUACCAUGAUUGCAGGAGGACUUGCAGCUAUUAACGAUGAUUAUAUUGUUUUUGGAAUGUCUGUUAAUAAUAAUUUGGGUGUUUGGAGAAGAAAUUAAUAAUAGUUCUAUCAAAUAAAUAUUUCUUCUUAUCAAUCUAUCACUUCUUUUAUUUUAAUACCUUAAUUGUAAUCAACUAACCAAAUAAACUUAAUAGCAAUAAGCUAAAAUUAAUGUAUGAUAUUAUAAUCUUAAAACAUAUCUAGCGAUUUUUAACUCUAAAAUAGUACAUAAAUGAAUGUUACCUUUUAAGUUAGUUACAAGCAAAAUUUUUUAUACAUAAGAUCAAAUUAAACAUUUAUCUUAUUUUCUCUUCAAAACUAAUAACUCACUUACUUUCUAUCAGGAAAUCCAUAGAGUCCAGAUAGUUAAUAAUAUUAAAGCAUGUAUUACUAUAACAACUAAAUAUAUGAGUUUUAUCAAAAUACUAUGUUCAUAAGCUAGUUAGCUUAAUAAUAAUAGUAGCCAUCUUAAUUGCAAUAUUAGUUAGUGAAAAAAUCAGAAAAUAUUAAUUUUUACUAAACAACAACUGUAGAUAUCAUAAAUUCAAUGACUUUAGAUCCAAAUUAUGAUGGAUAAUUAAUCGUUGCUGGAAAUGAUGGGUCAAUAAGAGUGUAUGAAGUUGUUGAUAGUGAUAAUUUAAGUUUUUUAUAACUAUUUGUUUAAUAUCAUCCUUCAUGCAGCUAGAAUCUUGUUAAUCAAAUAUGCAAUGCAGCUAAUUAAAUUACUGUCUCUGAUUUAGGUUAUUAUUAUGUCAUUUACAAAAAUCCAACUGCUUAAUUUGUAACUGUAUGGCAAAGAAAUCCAUAUUCACUAACUUUUAUUUCUGAUUAUACUCUAGAAAUUUCUCCUACGAGCACCAUUUUAAAUUGCCUAGUUUAAUAGAAUUUUCUUUUGAUUUAAAAUACUAACCAAUUAAAAAUUAUUGAUUUUUAAAAACAAGCUCUAUUGGUAAAUGAAACUUAUACUUCGACAUAAAAACUUUAUUAUGUGACUCUUGAUAAUCUUUGGGGGAAUAAUAUGAUAAUUUACCUUUAUACAGACACCUUAUCUAUAAGACCUUUAACAAACAAAACAGCUGUUUUUACUAAUAAUUAUAUAAAUAUUUAUGGAUCAACAUUUUAUAACCAAUCCUUUCUUAAAGCAUAAUAUUAUCCUUAAAAUAAGGUUUUAGCUUUUAACCUUUAUUUUAAUAUAGUAGUUUACAAUCUAACAGAUUUUUCUAACUUGAUGAAAUCUUAUACGAACGCAAAUAUCCAUUAAUUACAUAAUUUUUGCUAUAACCCUGCCACUAAUGCAUCUAUAUAUUAAGAAUAAUUCUUCAAAAAUAUUGGAGUUAUUUAAGGAAAUAACGUCUUAUAUAAGCAAGUAAUUACAGGCUUUUUCACUCCAUACUGCGGUUAAACAAAUUAAAAUAUUUUCUAUUACUUUGUUACUCCUAAUGUGAAUACUGUUUAGAACACUGUUUAUGUUAUGGUGAUGCCUGAUUUUCAAACUAUUCACGUGUUAUCAUUUUAAUAAUAAAUUACUUCAUUAAAAGUAGAUGAAUAAAAGCUUAUUUUGUAUGUUUCUUUUUCUAAUGGAGACAUAUUCUCAACCAAAAUAAUCUUAAACUUUACAAUUAACUUGUAAAACUAUAGCAAUGUUUCUUAAUUUUUUUAUUCUAAAAAUAAAAAAUAUUUUCUAAUGUAUUCAGGAUAUAACAUAAUGGUUGUUGACUCUUUAACCUUACAACUUAUAAAACAGUUUUCAACUCCUAAUCAGUCUUCAUAUUCCUUAUAAUUUAAUGAAGAUUUGGAUAUCGUUAUAUUAUACUAAAACAAUUUUAUCUAUUAGUGGUAAAUAAAUUCUGGUUAACUAUAACAAUAUACAACAUUGCAUUAAACUAACAUUACUAACUGUUAUGUAGAUGAUAUUUCUUAUACAGAUAUAUAUUAGUGGCAGCCUUCAAAAGACAUAGAAAAAGCAUUUUCUUUUAAAAUGAGAGUUAUAGGUUCUCAAGAAAAAGUUACAUUAAAGGCUUAAUUUCUUUAUGACUGGACUUUUAUUUUUGAAUAGAGAUAGAUCACAUAACUAGAUAGAUAAUAACUGCUAACACAAUUUGUAAUUAAUACUUUUAAUCCUGAAGUUUAAGAUCUUUUAGUAUCAUACAAUUUAAGACAAUUGAUUUUUUGGAGUGAUUGCUCUGUAGGUUUUUGCAGUCCAAAAGUUCCAAUUUAUUCAUUAGAUACUGGACUCUAUAUAUCUGAAGUUCCAUAUGAUCAGUAAACUUAAAAUGGUAUGAUUAUAAGAUUGAUGAUAGAUGAAAACACCAAUAGCAUUGUUAUAUUUAAAGAUAAAGUACCAAAAAUCAUAGUUAUAUUUGAUCUAUUCAAUCUCCAAAUUGUUGGUCUAUUUAGCCAUAUUACAGAUGUAUAUAAUUUUCCUUUAAAUAAUUAUAUUUUAAUAGAAGAAACAGCAAAUUUAAUCAUUUACAGUGGCACAUCAGUAGAGUCAAUACAAAUAGAACAUUUACUUUCUCCAUAAAGUAGAACUAAAUCUAUUCUUCCAAACAGAAUUAAAAAAUAUCAAUAUUUUGAUAAUGGAUAAUUAUACUUUUUUGAUAGUAAAAGUUAGAGUUGGUUAUUUAAUGUUUAAAAUAAUAAUUUAAUGAAUGCUGUCAAUACGAAUUCUUAAAUGUAUUCGUUAAAUAUAAAAUACUUUUUUUUUGUUAACAAUUACAUUUAUGUGAUAUAUAUUAAUCAAAUCAUAAAAAUAGACUUAAAUUAUUAGAUCGUCUCUGCUUAAAAAAAUGAAGUAGAUAAAUCUAUUAUGUUAGAUAGUUCGCUUCUUAUCACAGAUUAUUCAGGAAAUAUUCUUUAAUAUGAUUUAAAUUCUUUGAGUUAAUUAGGAUAAACCAUUAAAAUCGGAUAAAGAGCUUAUCAAAUACUUUUAAUAUCAAGUCAUAAAUAAGUAUUUAUAUCUACUAACAAAAAUACGAUCUAUAUUUUAAAUUAUAUCUCAUCUACUUUGGUAAAAUGGUUUAAUCCCACUUCUGAUUAAAUUUAUAAAAUGUAUUUAGAUUCUUAAAAUAAUAUUCUAUUUAUAACUAUGGUAAGUGGUUAAUGCUUUGUCUUUGAUAAAACAGCAAUACAGAAAAGUAACUCAUAGAAUGCAACUUAAUAUUCAAUAUAGUUAUCCUCAUCUAACAGUCAAAUUUAUUAAAUUGCUAUUGAACCAGUUUCAGGAAUAUUUUUAUCUUAAAUUAUACCUGCAAACACUAUCCCUUAAAUUAAUUGCUAUUCUUAUUAGUUUAGUGAUGCUUAGAGACUUUAAUUAAUAGGGUUAAGUUAUUAUGGAUCUAUUCCAUCUUUUACAAGAUCUGCAGAUAUGAAAAUAUAAUUUAUUCAGAGUUAAAUUUUUAUUUUCACUUCAUAUUAGCUUAUGAUUUAUAAUUAGGAUUUAAGAUUAGCUAAUAUGUUAAGGACAACUAUCUUGUUUACUAAUUUAAAAAAAAUAAUAUUAAUUCCUUCCCCUCAGAAAAAUGUUACUUUAUUUUUUGCUGAAUAAGAAAAUAGGAUUUCAUUUUACUCUUAUCAAAUUAAUUUGAUUUAGUUAUAUACUCAUUCUUGUAUAACACCUCACCUGAUUGAUUACUUAUUGGUACAAAUAUCUUAUGGUUUUCAAGUUAAUAUUUUAGUACUUUGUGAUGAUAGAGUUAUUAACGAUGAAAUAUACCUAUAGGAUAUGUUGACAUCUUUAAGCUAGAUUUAAAGCUGCUAUACCUAAUCAAACUCAACCUUAUAUUAUUAAUUUUUACAGACACUCCAGAAGUUAGAUUCAUCUUUUCAAUAACAAAAUGCUAAUCCCUAAUAAGUUCGCAUAGAAUAACUCUAAUAAACUGAUUUUGGACCAUAUUAAUCUAGUAGACUUAUUACUUAUUCUUAAAGAAACUUAGAUACUUCUAAUUUGAAAGAUAUGAUAAUAGUAGAAAACAGCUUUUUAGAUUAUUAAUUUUAAGAAUUAAUAUUAUAAAAUUUUGUUUUUGAUAUGAGUGUAGCAUAAUCUAGCAUUUUAUUUAAAUUUGUCAAUAGGUUCUUAAUUUCAGGAGCUUUUCUUGAAUAGCUUUACUCAUCAUAAUAAUAAUCAUUCUUAAUGAUAUAAGGAGUGAAGAAUAUUACUUUAUAGAAUAUUAUAUUCUAAGACUUCAGCUUACUUUCAUUUUUAGUUUCAAAUAAUUUUUACUUUGUUGAAGAUACUUAAGUUUUAGUUGAAUAAAAUAUUGCUAACCUAUAUAACAUUUCUUCAAGUCAUAGCACUAAAAUUUAUUAAAGUUUAAUUUUUUUUAAUUACACUGAUUACGUCAGCAUAUAAAAUUGUUAGUUUUAGUAUAUUAAAUGUGAAAAUUGUCUUGGUGGAGUAUUUUAAAUUUAUUCAGGAGUGAGCCAUAAAAUUUUUAAUUCUACAGCUUUUUAAGUUACUGCUUAGAUUGGAGGAGCUUUAGCGAUAUUAGAAUGUCCAACUUGUGGCAUCACUAUUCAAAAUUGUAAUUUCUAAAACAACUAAGCUACAAUUUAUGGAGGAGCUAUUUAUCUGUAAAACUCAAAUGUUUCAAUAGAAUAGUGUUUUAUAUAAAAAAACUAAGCUAUGAUUGGUGGCGGAAUAAAAUAUACUUAAAUAAAACCUAUAAUAUCUGAAAAUAAAAUUAUAAGGAAUCUUAAAUAUGAUGACUUAUAUAGUAAUUAUAGUAGUUUAAGCGCCGAUACUGAUUCUGAUUUCAGAAAUCUUUAAAAAAAUUAGUAAUUGAUAAAUAAUAACAUUGCUUAGAUAUAUGAUAUUAAAAAUAUUUAAUAAAAUUAUGAUUAGUAAGACGUUUCUGAUUAAUUUGUUCUAGAAUCAUACUAAUUAAAUAAUUUUAGAAGUGGUGGCAGUCUUAAUUUCUAAAUUUAAGUUUUAGAUGAAGAAGGUAAUCCAAUAAACUUUAUUCCAAAUUAGAUUAAACAGAUGAAGUAUGAAACACUUAUAUUAAAUGAAUUACUAGCAUUAAGUAUAAAAAUAGGCCCUUUACAUAAUGAUAAGCUUAAAGUUUUCGGAUAGUAUACUGCAAAUUUUGAAUAAUUUAAUACAGAGACAAAGAGCUUUGUAAUUUAAAAUAUGUAGAUAGUUUCAAAUCCUUCAUCUUCUAAUAUUGUUAAGAUUACUUCGGAUUCUCUUAUCAAAAUUGACAAAACUACAAGAUAGAUUGACUUAUAAAAUACAAAUAAGUUAUACAGUUUAUUACAAGUGAAUACAAGAGCAUGUAUUUCAGGAGAAGUUUAUUUAAGUGUAGACUUAGUAUACUAAUGUUAUGAGUGCCAAUAAGGAACAUAUUUUUUAAAUGAACCAACUUUAACUGAUAAUGUCUGCAUAAAGUGUCCAUAAAAUGCCUAAUAAUGUAAAUUAAAUUAAAUUGAUCUAAUGCAAGGCUAUUGGAGGAUUAAUAAAUAAUCUGAUAGACUCAUUUUAUGUUCAAGAAACCCAAGCAAUUGUGUUCCAAACGAAGCUAAAAACUACUGUGUUAAAGGGAAUUAUGGACCCCUUUGUGAAUAGUGUGAUGUAUAUGGAAAUAUUUGGGAAGAAUAAUAUAUUACUGAUGGAAAUUACAACUGUUAUCCUUGCUCUGAAUUAUAGAAUAGACCCUAUUAUUCUCUUUUAACUUUAAAUCUAUCUCUUAUGAUCUUAUUUAUUAUUAUAAGCGUAUCUUUGUAGCUUCAUUUUAGUAGGUGUAUAGCAGCAAGCUAUUAUCUUAGGAAAAUGUAAUUAAUAAGCAUUAGUAAAUCUGCUUUUUGGAAUCAAUCCUCUUUUGGGUUAAAAAGUUUAGUGAGUUUUUUACAAAUAACUGGAUUAAUUUUUGCUUAAUUAGAAUUUUCUUUUCCUUUUGGGACUAGAUUACUAUCUAGUACUGUUGGAAUGCCUUCUACAAAUUUAUUUUAUUCACUGGAUUGUAUUUUCGGAAAAAUGUAAGAAAUGUAAAUUGUUUAUUUCAGAACUCUAUGGUCUUUAUUCAUACCAAUCUUAUAUCUCAUUUUCAUUUAAGUUAUUUUGGUGAUAUAUGGAUUUAUUAAGCGUAGGUCUGCUAAGAUUUUGAUUAUUAAUGGAGCUACAUUCUUAUUUUUUUUUACUUAGAACAGUAUUGUUUAUCUUUUACUUAGAAUGAUGUCUUGUAGGUAGAUAGAUGGUAUUUUAUACAUCAACAGCGAUAUAACAUAUGAAUGCUUUACUAAAAAUCAUUUAAAGUUUAUGAAAUAUAUUGGAAUCCCAGGUUUAAUUGGAUGGGUUCUGAUUAUACCUUUAUUUAUUUUUUACAAAUUUUACAAAAAAAAGAAAGAAUUAGAUUAAGUAAGUUUUAGAGAAAAAUAUGGUCAUCUUUAUAAUGAAUAUAAAUCCAGAUAUUAUUAUUGGGAUUUUAUAAAAAGCUACAAAAAGCUUCUAACAACUGCGGUUUUGACACUCUAUGUAAAUCCUUUAGAUAAUAAACUUAUCUUUGGAUUUUUAGUUCAGCUUGCAUAUAUUUAGAUUUUAUCUAGAGUCAAACCUCACUAUAAUAAUUAGCUUUAUAAUAUUGAGUUAUUUAUAGAAUUGAGCUUAGCUGGUUUGCUAUUUACAAGUAUUUUGAUAAAUUAAUCUUCAACACCAGAAAAUUCUUAUCCUCUUUACUUACUUAUAUCAAUCAGCUCUUUUGUUGAAUCUUCAAUGGUAAUAUGGAUUUCAAAAGAAGUCUUCAAAGUUCUAUCUUUUUCGAAUUACAAUAAAAUAAAAUAAAAAAUUAUUUCUUUUUUGUCUUUUAUUAAUAUAAAAAAUCAUAAAAUUAUAGUUGUAUCUAACUCUAUUAAACACCUAUUUUUGUGGAAAAAGGCUAGAAAAUAACUGGUUGGAAAUAAUAUUUUUGAAUAUCUUAAUAAGAUAAGCUUUUAAAAAGAAGAAAGUAAAAACUUGCUUUCACCUUAAAGUCUCUAUAAUUCCUAAGCUGUUUAACAUACUUUUAAACUGCUAUCACCUUAAUCAUAGUAAGGUGAAAAUAUGCUUUCAUAGUAUAAAUAGUAAAAUUUUGAAAGAUAAUUUCCCAACUAAUAACUAACAUAAUCUGCUUUUAAAUUAGAAAAUAGCUAAAAAUUAUAAAAAAGUUUAACAAAAUUGCAACAAGGAUAAUAACAAUAAUAAUCUAUCUCAUUAGUUUCUUCAUAAGUUAAAUUGCAAUAACCCAUAAAUAUAUUUUAAUAAAAUCAAAAAGUAUAAUAAAGGUUUCAAUAGAAUUAAAAAGAAAAAUUUAAAUUGAAAUUAUUUAGACCUUAAAGUAAUAUAUAUGAAUCAUAAUCAAUUCAAAAUAGUCAAAAAAAUCUGUUUGAAAGAAAUUCUAUAAAUUAAAAUAGCGCAAAAAUUAUAGAGUAAUCUGAAAUCAUUGAAAAUUCGAAGAGUCUUUCAAAUAAAAACAUAAAGCACACUACAGAAGGGAUAGAUAAUCAUUUUUAAAAUGAUAAAAAAUCUAAUUAACUUCUUGAAUAACAAGAAUUAAAUUAAAACUUAAAUGAUAUUUUAUAAAACAGUAAUAUUUUCUAAAAAUAGUAACAUAUUCCAACUAACUUUUAAGAUGAUGAUCAAAUAGAAUUUAUGAAUCAUGAAGAACAACCUAAUUAAUAACUAAAUAUUAAUGCAAAUUAAAUCUUUUCCUAAAAUUAAUCACAAAUAAUAAUUAAAGACGAUGAAGGUGAGGAUUUAUAAAUAACCGAAAUUAAUCAAAGAGAAAGAAUAAAAUAAGUUAGGAUACCUGCUAAUAAUUAUAAUGAUGAAGUUGAUUCUAUUGAAGAUUGA